GAGAGAAGGGGGAACAUAGAGCAGAGAGGAGAGAAAGAGGGCGGGAGUGGAAGCAGAGAGCUGAAGCUCAGGGGCCCAGGAUGGUGGGAAGAUGGAGGAUGUGGCGGUGAAGCAGGGCUUCCUGUACCUUCAGCAGCAGCAGACUUUUGGGAAGAAAUGGCGCCGGUUCGGGGCGGCGCUGUACGGAGGGUCGGGCUGCGCCCUGGCCCGGCUGGAGCUCCAGGAGGGCCCGGAGAAGCCUCGCCGGGGAGAGGCCCCCCGGAAGAUCAUCCGCCUCAGUGACUGCCUGCGGGUGGCUGAGGCCGGAGGGGAGGUCAGCAGCCCCCGGGAUACCAGCACCUUCUUCCUGGAGACUACGGAGCGCCUGUACGCGCUGGCGGCCCCCACUGCAGAGCGGGGUGACUGGAUACAGGCCAUCUGCCUCCUGGCCUUCCCCUGCCAGAGGAAGGAGCUGAAGGGGAAGGGCGGCCGGCCCCGCAUGGAGGAGAAUGAAUUGUACAGCAGUGCGACCACAGGGGCCCCCUGCAAGGAGUUUGCUGUGACUGUGAGACCCACAGAAGCCAGUGAGAGGUGCCGACUCUGGGGAUCCUACACCCUCCGGGCCGGGGAGAGUGCCCUGGAGCUGUGGGGCGGCCCUCAGUUGGGCACCCAGCUGUAUGAAUGGCCCUACAGGUUCCUGCGGCGCUUUGGGCGGGACAAGGCAACCUUUUCCUUUGAGGCAGGCCGGCGCUGCCUCUCAGGGGAGGGCAACUUUGAGUUUGAAACCCGGCAAGGCAAUGAGAUCUUCCUGGCCUUGGAAGAGGCCAUCGCUGCCCAGAAGAACGCCUCCCCUCCUGGGCCCCCGACCCAGCCAGUCCCCAACCCUGCGGCGCUGCCCCGGCCGGAGAGUCCCUACUCCCGACCCCACGACUCACUCCCACCACUAUCGCCCACCACCGUCAGGGUUCCUGCCCCCCGGCUGCAGCGGGGCCCAGAGGGGGAGUACGCGGUGCCCUUCGAUGCAGUGGUACAGAACCUGCGGAAGAGCUUGAGGGGCAUCCUGGCCGUCCCUCCCCAGGCCCAGGCCGACCCUCUGUACGAGAGCAUCGAGGAGCACCCGCCCUCCCGACACGACCACAUAUACGAUGAGCCUGAGGGGGUGGCCGCCCUGUCCCUGUAUGACAGCCCACAGGAGAUCCGGGGUGAGGCCUGGAGGGGGCAAGCCGCAGCUGACAGGGACCCCAGCGGCCUCCAGCAUGUCUACCCAGCGGGACAGGACUUUGCUGCCUCUGGCUGGCCACAGGGGACUGAGUAUGACAAUGUCAUGGUACUUAAGAAAGGCCCAAAGUGAUGGAGGGUGGAGGAGAUGCGGACUCCGUCAGCUGCCAGGGCUGAAGUGGUCCUGUGCCUGCUGGGCCGGGCUUAGAGGCUGGUGGUGGUG